AUGUUCGGCACGCUCGGAAGCCUGUUCGCGAGCGGACCGAGGCUGAAGUACGACCUCGGGCGCGAGUUCGCGUGUCGCGCGUUCGGCGUGUGGACGCACCGACGCGGGACGUGCCAGGAGACGGGAGAGGAACACUCGAUAUUCACGUUUCACGCGGACGUGAAUCGCGAUCAACAGCGGGUGAGGCUGGCGAAGAACGGGGCGCGACGGAUGAAGACGCUUCGACACCCAAACGUGCUGCUGGUGAAGGACGUGAUCGAGAUCGAGAGCGGGAACGAGCUGACGAUACACGUCGUGACGGAGGCGGUGACGCCGCUGGAGGCGCACCUGCGGGAGGCGCCGAUCGGGGGGGGGGGGAACGGGCAGAGGGAUGAUUAUUUUUCGCUCGGGGUGCGGGAAAUCGCGACGGCGGUGGCGUUCUUGAGCAACGAUUGUAAGCUCGUGCACGGGGGGGUCGGGCUGAGCGCGGUGGUGGUGACGGAGCGGUUAGACUGGAAGUUACACGGGUUCGAUCUGUGCAGCGAGCUGGAGAGCAUCGGACACGGGGUGAACGGGGACGCGGCGCUCAUUCGCGGGGCGUAUCUGGUGCCGGAUCAAUACAAGCCGGAGGAGUACAGAAGGGGAGACUGGGUGAUCAUUCCCGAAGGGCCGCCGUGGGCGAUCGACGCGUGGGGGUUGGGAUGCUUGAUUCAGGAGGUGUACAGCGGCGGCGCUCUGCGCGGGACGGACCAGUUGCGCGAGAUUGAUCAAAUCCCAAAGUCGCUGCUGAAGGAUUAUCAGCGUCUUCUCGGCUCGCAACCUGCGCGACGGUACAACCCGAAGAAGCUCAUCGAGAACAAAGAGGCGUUUUCGAACAAGCUCGUGGAGACGAUCACGUUCAUCAACAACUUGGCGUUGAAGGAUUCGAUUGAAAAGGAACGAUUCUUCGGCCACCUGCCGCGCGUGUUGGAGCAACUCGCCCAGGCGCCCGUGCAAAAGAAAAUCUUACCCAUGUUGUGCGACGCGCUGUCGUUUAAUCAAGCGCCGCAUCAAGCCAUCUUACCCAUGCUCCUCGCCGCAGAGGAGGUUCCGCGCGAUCAGUAUCAAAAACUCGUCAUCCCGACGGUCAUGAAGCUUUACGAGGCGCCGGAUAAGAUGAUUCGACUGGAUUUGUUGGAAAAUUUGACGCGAUAUGCCGACCACGUGCCGGAUGCCAUGAUGGAUGAUCCGUUGUACGAACGUCUACAGACCGGCUUCGCGCACAACGACUCCAACGUGCGCGAGAUGACGCUGAAGGGGGCGCUGACGUUGGUGCCGCGACUCUCCGAGCGCGUCAUCACGGCGUCGCUUUUGAGGCAUUUGAGCAAGUUGCAGAUUGAUGAAGAUCCGGCGAUUCGCGCCAACACGACGAUUUGCCUAGGAAACAUCGCAAAGUAUUUGAGUCAAGCGACGGCGAAGCGGGUGUUGCUGAACGCGUUCACAAGAUCGCUCAAGGAUGGAUUUCCGCCCGCGCGACUGGCGGGUCUCAUGGCGCUCGAGCACACGACGCAAUAUUAUGAACCGUUAGAAGUGAGCCAGCGGUUGAUCCCAGCGCUCGCGCCGCUCAUGACGGACAUCGAAAAAGACGUGCGAACGCGCGCGUUCACCGUACUUGAGUUGUACGUGCAAGGGUUAAAAGGGCACUCAGAGGCGCUCGAACUCGGCCCCGAAGCGGCGGCGGCGCACGUCGAGGCGCAACAACAGAAAGGGCACGCGAACGCGGCUAAACGCGCGGCAAACAUGCUUUCGUGGGCUGUGAACAUGGCAGCGACGAAAAUAGGCGGACCAGAUGACGCGCACGAACCGGUUGAUCUUCAGAAU